AUGACAGAGAACGAGGAUUUGCUGGCCCGCAUCGGUCAGCUCGCAGGUCGUAUCAAUCAGCACAAGAAUCAGUCGUCUCAGCCGUAUCCUGCCUCUUCCUACCAGCCCCAGCAUGUCUCGCGUCAUGCCCCUUCCCACGCGGGUUGGGCUCCUUACUCUCGAGGCAGAGGCCGUCGCCCAGUAGCUCCGCAUCGGCACCGUACGCUGGUAUUGAACAAUGCUCCUAGCUCAAACGGAACUCCAACGUCCUCGCCAGGCCCUGCAAGCGACAAUGAUGGCGAGACGCGCCCCGCAACAACUUCUAAUGGGUGGGUUGCUAAACGUGAUCGCCACAUGCAACUGAUCAACUCCGCGGUCUAUGACAAAGAAACUCAAGCCCGAGCCAAGGCUAUGGAAGAGACUCGAAAGGUGAAAGCUUUGAGACGAGCUGAGCGUGAACAGACGAAAGUGCUUCGCUAUGCCCAAGGCACUGCACCUGCGGGCGCUCCAUCAGUCCCCGCGACUGCGCAGCCCGCCGCCCACCAGAUUCUCGUCAACGAUGUUCCGUUCAAGAUUGCGCGCGGUGGCAGCAAGCUGAUUCGGAUAUCAAAUGAUCCGAACACCGCAAACACCACCCCGAAGCGAGUCACCGUCGCGGGUGUGGCCUUUGUCCGAAGCAAAAACGGCAACCUACACCGUCUCGGCGCAGUGACUUCGAAAAAAACCCCGAACCCCGCGAAAAAGCGGGACGACCUCUGCAAGAGAUUCACAACGACCGGCACCUGCUACAAAGGCCCUUCAUGUCUAUACACUCACGACCCUAGCAAAGUGGCCAUCUGCAAGGAUUUCCUCCAAACAGGUGAAUGCCCAGCAGGUAAUAGCUGUGAUCUCUCCCAUGAGCCCUCGCCCCACCGCUCCCCCUUCUGUAUGCAUUUCCUUAGAGGCCGUUGCUCCAACCCUUCCUGCCGCUAUGCGCAUAUUCGCGUAACCCCCGGAGCCCCUGUCUGCCGCGCCUUCGCAACGCUAGGAUACUGCGAAAAGGGCGCUGAGUGCGCCGAGCGCCAUGUGCACGAAUGUCCAGACUACGCAAACUCUGGCGUCUGCCACAAGAAACGGUGCAAGUUGCCCCAUGUUGAUCGCGCGGGCCAGAUUCGCAAGGCUGCGGCCGCGAAGGCUGAGCAGAACGCAGAUCGUGAUCGCAUGGACGAGGAUUCUGACCCUUCUAGCGAGGAAGAGGAUUAUGAUGCGAUUGAUUCGGAUGAUGUUGACUCGGAUGAGUUCGAUGAUGAGCCGGAAGAGUUACUUGGUGGUGUGGAUAGUGGCGAGACGUCGAACCAACAGGACUUCAUCCACGUUUAG